AUGGAUAGAAACAUUCUUGAUGCUGCUAGUGGUGGAGCACUUGUCGAUAAAACUCCAGUUGCUGCUAAAGCCCUGAUUGAGAACAUGUCACUCAACUCCCAACAAUUCACAACCAUAAAUAAUUCUAUGGUCCAAACAAAAGGUGUGAAUGACAUUCAGGUUUCCUCUUCCAAUAAGGCUUUAGAAACCAGAAUUGAAGAGCUUACUUCUUUAGUGAAACAAAUGGCAGUGAGUAAACCUCAAACAACAAAGUUGUGUGGUAUUUGUACUUCUACUGAACAUCCUACUAACACAUGUCAUAUUCUUCAAGAUGAUUCGGUCACUCAGUUGCCUCAAGCAUAUGCAGCUAACUUUUUCAACCAAAGCAACAAUCAAAGAGGGUACAACAUUCCUGACUUGUCCACCAACAAAUAUCAUCCCAAUUGGAGGAACCAUCCAAACCUUCAAUAUGGAAACCAACAACCCACCCAACAACAAUUAGUCAUACCCCUGCCACAACCACAGACUACUCCCCAAGUCACCACCUCUGCACCUUUCGGACCUUCAUUGGAGGAUCUUGUCCAACAAAUGGCUAACCAACCCCAGGAAAAAAUAGAAAAAAUUCUUGAGGUAACACCUGGACCUUCUUCCGUUGUGAUAGAAACUGAACCCUCUGUUGUGGUAGAAACUGAAAAAGAAAAAGAGAAGGAGUAUGUGCCACUAGUUCCCUUCCCACAUAGAAUACUGAAAGAUAAAAGGACUGGUGAUGGAGACAAGGAGAGAGAGAUUUUAGAUGUGUUCAGAAAAGUGGCGGUAAACAUUCCGCUUCUUGAUGUUAUUAAGCAGGUUCCAAAGUAUGCAAAAUUUCUAAAAGACUUGUGCACAAGUAAGAAAAGGUUGAAGGGCAAUGAGAGAGUAAAUUUGGGACGAAACAUUUCAGCCCUUAUCCGGCCUAAACAUUCACCUGAAAAAGCUAUUGUUUCAUCCCUCAAUCAGGCCAUACCCCAAAAGUGCAAGGAUCCAGGAACUUUUGCUAUUCCAUGUACCAUUGGGGAUAGUAAAUUUGACAAUUUCAUGCUUGAUUUGGAAGCAGGCAUUAAUGUUAUGCCUACUUCUGUUUAUAAUAACCUUGAUCUUGGUCCUUUACAGCAUACAGGUUUAAUCAUUCAACUAGCGAACAGAAGUAAUGCUCGCCCUAUUGGAGUAGUGAAAGAUGUGCUUGUUCAAGUUAAUGACUUGAUUUUUCCUGCAGAUUUCUACAUUUUGGACAUUUUUAGCGGUUAUUUGAUACCUGUCCAUUGUUCAGAUCAUAACUUGAGCUACAGGAUGCCAUUUUGCAAGUUCUGA